AUGGCUUCAUCGUAUCCCCUCAGCACAGACACGUCCGACAUUGCCACUCCUCGCUCCGCAUCCCUCUCCUCCAUCGACUCCAGAAAAUCUGGUCGUUCCAUUUCCCGAUUCUCUGUCCGCUCCGCAUCGCAAACAUCCACCUCGAGACUAUCUUUUUCCGCUCAGAGGCUGACGCAACGAAACACAAUGAGUGCAGUGGACAUUUCUGCAAUCCAAGAAGCCAUGAAAAUGACAGCUUUGGAUCAACACCGGGGCUAUACCCAGGACCGAUUCGCCGAAGUCAAGCAGACUCAGCCUACCCAGUAUAUUUCCGAGGCUGCUGCCGCUGGCUACCAAAUCAUCCGCGAACCUCACUGGAACAAGGGUCUUUCCUUUACUCCCGAGGAGCGUGUCGCCAAGAACCUGACCGGCCUCAUCCCUCACACCAUGGAGAGCCUCGAGACCCAGAGCAUCCGCGCCAUGAAGAUGAUUCAGACGCGCCAGACCAGCAUUGACAAGUACCUCUACCUGUCAAAUCUCAAGGCCCAGAACAUCGACCUCUUCUACCGCCUCCUCAUGGACAACAUCCGUGAGCUCAUGCCUCUCGUAUAUACACCCACCAUCGGCGACGUUUGCCUGCAGUAUUCCACCUUGUAUACUCGCCCCGAGGCCUUGUACAUUUCCAUCAAGCAACGUCGCUCCAUCAAGACUAUGCUUCGUAACUGGCCCUGCACUGACCCCGAGAUUUGCGUCGUUACCGACGGCUCUCGUAUCCUCGGUCUCGGUGAUCUCGGCGUAAAUGGCGUCGGCAUCUCCAUUGGCAAGCUUUCGCUCUACACAGCUGCUGCCGGCAUCAGCCCCGAAAAGACUCUGCCCAUUGUCCUCGACACUGGCACCGACAACGAGUCCAACCUCAAGGACCCUCUGUACCUGGGUCUCCGCCAAAAGCGUGUCUCCAAGGCUGCUCAGCAAGAAUUCAUGGAUGAGUUCAUGGAUGCCGUCAAGGAGGUCUAUCCCAGCAUGGUGGUCCAGUUUGAGGAUUUUGAGAGCGAAAAGGCCUUCAAUUACCUCGACCGCUACCGCAACACCCACCGCUGCUUCAAUGACGACGUCCAAGGUACUGGUGCUGUCGUUCUCGGUGGUUACAUUGGCGCCGUCAACCUGUCGGGCGUCCCUCUUGAGGACCAGCGCCUCGUCUUCAUGGGUGCCGGCUCCGCCGGUGUUGGUGUCGCCAAGCAGCUUGUCGAGUACUACACCAAGCGCGGUCUCAGUCAGAGCGAGGCCCGUGACCGCUUCUGGCUCGUAGACACCAAGGGUCUCGUAACCAAGGACCGUGGUGACCACCUUGCUGAGCACAAGCAGUAUUUUGCCCGUACUGACAACCAAGGGCAGCAAUUCCGCACGCUUGAGGAGGUCAUUGAGUAUGUCCGCCCCAGCGCUCUUGUCGGUUUGGCUGCCACAUAUGGUGUCUUUACAGAGUCGUGCAUCCGUGCUCUCAAGCACUCGGUCGACGGCGGUGGCCCCAACCGCCGGCCCAUCCUGUUCCCUUUGAGCAACCCUCACACCAAGGCCGAAUGCACCUUUGAGCAGGCUGUCGAGUGGACUGAUGGCUCCGUCAUCUUCGCCUCUGGCUCGCCCUUUCCUUCCCUCACCGUCGCGGGUCCCAACGGUAACGAGAUCACAUAUCACCCCAACCAGGGAAACAACGUCUAUGUGUUUCCCGGUCUUGGUCUCGGUGCCAUCCUGGCUCAGGCCACUCGUAUAACCGACGAGAUGGUGUACACUUCAGCCUCUGCUCUGGCCAACUGCUUAAAUGCGGAUGAGCUUGCCAAGGGGCUCAUCUAUCCUCGCAUUGAGCGUGUGCGCGAGGCCAGCGUCAUCAUUGCCCGCGAGGUUAUGAAGGCCGCACGCCGUGAGGGUGUUUCUACCCUGCCCGAAGAGCUCUGGAAUGAGUGGGAGGAGUGGGGUGACGUUGCCCUGACAUCGUACAUUCGCCAGCGCGUCUAUGAGCCCAAGUCGUUCAACGACGCUAACAGCAGCCGCCUGUAA